AUGUACUGGUUACAAGCCUUACAAAAAAAGAGAAGAAAAUACAGUGAAACAAGAGUCUCCAAAGACCCUGUCAGACAGGUUUGGGUGAAUCCAGACCCGUUAAGUAAGAAAUCUAUUCUUGCAUUGUCUGCUGAAAGUGAUGGAACUGCUUCAACCUCUGAAAGCCAGACUAAUACACAAGCAUCAGCAUCAACAUCGAGAACAAGGAUUUGGUCUUUAGCAGCUCUUCAGUCAGAAAUUGUUAACAUUCUUAAUAGUCAUAAGCAGCAAAGAGCUCCAGAUAAUUCUUCAGUGCCGCAGUCAAAUUCCUGCUUUGUCAAUAUUCACCUUUACUUUUCUGUUCCUCUUCAUUCUUCACAUUUCUUUCUCCCUGCAUUUUUUUAUUCAUUUUUUUUUUAUCCUGUUGUUUCUUUUUUUAGUAGUUUUUGUUUCUUUGUCUUCUCCUCUCAUGUUCUCUUUCUUUCCAUCAUCUAUUUUCUCUUCCUCUUUUCUAUUGAUCUUUCUUCAGUUAUAUAUUUCUUCUCUCUUUUUAUCCGUAGUCUCUCAUCCAUCAAUUAUCCUUAUCUUUUAACAUUACAUUUUUUCUUAUUCAUUAUCUUCCUUUCUGUCUAUUAUUUUUUAUUUCCUGACUCUCUUCCUUCUCCCUAUUCUUUAAUUUCAUUUCUUCCUUAUCUUUUUGACAAUUGA